AUGUUCAGCAGGUUGAAAAAGUUGCUCGGGGCUCCAGAGCCUCCCCCUGCCCAAGCUGCUGCUACCCCGCCUCCCAGCUCAGCUCCACCAGCAAAGGAAGAAAAGCCCCCAGAAAAGAAGGAUGAAAAAGAGCAGCCACAGAAAGAGGAGGAAAAGAAAGUAGAGGAAAAAAAGGAAGAUGAAAAGACAGAGGAAAAAAAAGAAGAGGAGAAGAAAGAAGAAGUAAAGAAAGAAGAAGAGCCCAAGAAGGAGGAGCCAAAGCCAGCACCUGCUGCAGCUGCUCCUGCUCCUGCUCCUGCUCCUGCUGCUGCUCCUGCUGCUGCUCCUGCUUCCGGUGCUCCUGCCAAUCCAGAGGGGGGUGAAGGUGAAGAGCCGCCUCCUCCUCCACCUAUUGUCUACUCUCGCUUCACAGAUGAAAUGCUCAGACACGUGCUCAAGAACAUGAGAGAUCGGACAGAGGCGCUCAAAGAAAAAGCCAUUGACCCUUAUGCCACUUCGCCAGAAAUCACCCCACCAGUCACACCUAUUCUGAGGAAGGAUGACUACAUUAAACUGAAGGAAGAGGAGCGAAUAGCAAAAGAGGAAGCGGAUAAAAAGAAGGCAGAAGAGGCGGCCAAAAAGGCAGAGGAGAAGAAGAAAAAGGAUGAGGAGAAAAGAUUGGAGGCUGAGAAGAAAGCAGAAGAGGAGAGGCUGGCAGAGGAGGCCAGGAAGAAAGCGAAGAUCCUCCCGGACAUCAGCUGCUCCUGCUUUGACGUCCUCUUCAGUCCAAUAGAGAGCAAAAUGGAUAGCAUCCUGGGAAUCACUAUAGAUCCUUUCACAGAUCGCCGGUACAUUGCCUGGAUGUCCCUGGUAGCGCUGGCAUACAACUACAACACUUGGCUUUGCACUGUCCGGAUGGCCUUCCCUUUCCAUAACAAAACCAUCAACCCCUUCUGGAUAUUUUUUGACAUUCUCAGUGACAUAGUGAAUGUUAUUGACAUCAUAGUUUGGCAGCCGCGACUGCAGUUCGUCAAAGCUGGAGACAUUAUCAAAGACAGAUCAAUGGCGAAGACACAUUAUAGGAAAUCUAUGCGAUUCAAGACUGAUAUCUUCAGCAUUAUCCCCUUUGACCUUCUAUGCCUACACUUUGAAUUCUCCACCGUGUACCGAAUCAACCGCUUUAUCAGGAUUGAGUCCUUCUUUGAGUUCAGCGAUCGACUUGAAAGUAUCAUGGCCAAGGCCUACAUCUGGAGAGUGGCUCGGACCACAGGUUACCUGCUAUUCAUGCUCCAUCUCAACGCCUGUAUAUACUAUGUUGCCUCAGUAAGCCAGGGUCUUGGAACGACUACCUGGGUAUAUGAUGGCAAAGGCACAGCGUACCUGCGCUGUUACUACUUUGCAGUCCGCAGCCUAAUCAACAUCGGGGGUCUUCCAGAGCCUGUAACCAUCUUUGAGAUUUCCUUUCAAAUGUCCAACUUUUUCAUUGGCGUCUUCGUGUUCUCCAGUUUGAUUGGACAGAUGAGAGACGUCAUAGGAGCAGCAACAGCAGGUCAGACAUAUUUCAGGGCAUCAAUGGACGGCUGUGUUGAAUACAUGAACACCAACUCCAUCCCCAAUUAUGUCCAGAACAGAAUCCGCACCUGGUACAACUACACCUGGGCAUCACAAGGCAUGCUGGAUGAGUCUGAGCUGCUGGAUAAGAUGCCUCUGGUGAUGAAAACCGCCAUCGCUGUUGACAUCAACCUGACCACAUUCCAGAAGAUAGCAUUGUUUCAGGGCUGCGACCAGCAGAUGUUGGUGGACAUGUUACUGAGGUUAAAGUCAAUCAUCUAUCUACCUGGUGAUUUUGUUGUGAAGAAGGGGGACAUCGGUAAAGAGAUGUACAUCAUUAAAAGUGGAGCUGUGCAGGUGGUGGGAGGACCUGACAACAGCAUUGUGUUUGUCACACUGAAGGCUGGCUGUGUGUUUGGAGAAAUCAGUUUACUGCAGUCUGCCAAAGAUGGAGGAAACAGGCGCACAGCUAACGUGAAAGCGCACGGCUUUGCUAACCUUUUUGUCCUAGAGAAGAAGGACUUGUUUGAUAUCCUCGUCCACUACCCAGAGUCUCAGAAAGUGUUGGCCAGGAAGGGAAGGAAACUGGUCAAAGCCAAAGGCCCUGCAGGUGCUAAAGCCGAGGAAAAGCCGAAAGGUUUGGCUGGGUUUGGACCAAAACCACCAACCCCCAAGAUAAUGAAACUCUUUGGCAAUUUCCGCAAAGCCAAGGUAAAGUCUUUCCUGUGAUGCAUUUACAGAUAAGAGGGAUAGUUCGAUUUA